AUGAAUAAUGUUAUGCUCCCAAGACUUCCAGCACUCUUAGGGAUGAAGAACACGAUUGAACUUGGUUCCCUCACCUUGGAUAUUAGACAUGUUACAAUUCUCGACUCCCUCUGCGAUCCAAGCACAACUGAUGAAGAGUUACUGCCUAAUGAAAUGUCUAAGCAUUUGACUUCAAUAGCUGCAUUGAGCAUUUCUCAUAGGAAGGGAUCAAAAUUGAUUGUCCAUCUCUUGAAAAUAUUGAAAUUAGCAAUUGUAGCAGUCUCAAAUCUUUACCUGAAGCCACUAAUCUCAGGAAUCUCAGUGAAUUGUAGUUCUAAUCUGGAGCCCCUAUCACUUGCUGGUCGUGAUGAGAACAACAUCAACCAACUCACUUCGCUUCAAAAGCUGUUGCUACUUCAUUGCAGAGUAGGAAUGGUCUCCUACUUUGUCAAGAAAGGGAGUUUCCCCACCAACAUCACUUCACUUGAAAUCGGGGAUUUCGUCGGUCAACUUCCAGUUCCGCCUCCAUCUCCAUUAGAGCGGGGUUUGCACAAACUCUCUUCUCUUACAACACUCGCACUUGUAGGCUUAGAUUGGCCGUGGGGAGACAUGGUGUCCUUUCCAGAAGAAGAGAUGUUCCUGCCCACCUCUCUCAUCAAUUUGAACAUUAGAAGCUUCCGAAAUCUGGAAGGACUCUCUUAUGAGGAGUUUCAAAACCUCGCCUCUCUCCAAACACUUGAAAUCUGUAGUUGCCCUAGGCUCACGUCCUUUCCAAAGGAAGGGUUGCCUCCCUCUCUUUUGCAUCUACUGAUCUAUAAGUGCCCUGAGCUUGCGACCUUUCCAGAACAAGGCUUCCCUCCCUCGCUUUUGUCACUCAUGAUCUGGGGAUGUAAUCCAAUACUGAAACAGAAGUGUGAAAAGGGGAAAGAAUAUUGGCCCAUCAUCUAA